AUGCCCAGCACCCGUUCCCAGAGCCAGUCCACUCUUCAGUUUCCUAAACGCAAGUCGUGCAGGGUGGUCUCCCGCACCAAAAGUUCACCGCUGACGGAUUCGGAAAGUAAAGUCGACAUCCCGACAACACCCCUCUCUCCCAGAAACGCUGCGCUUCAAAGCCAUGCCCUGUCCCCAAGGAUACCCUUGAGCCCCCGAAAACGCAUAGGAGAUGAGAAUGGCUGUAACCUCCCGGCCAACCUGCAGGGCUCGCCACCUAAGCAGAGCCGUCUUGCAUUGAGCUCACCUCGCAAACUGAAUGAAAACACUCCUGUGUGUGGGUCACCGCUACGUUCCACCCCUUCCUCCCCUAAAGUUCCCCUUUCCCCAAUUUUCCGCCCCUCUCCCAAACGCUCCCAGGAAACCCCAAACCUGAAGCCCCUCCCUGAGAGAAAGGUUCCCGCUGUCCGACUGUUUGCAGAAAAGAAGACCAGCUACCAGAGUGUGAAGCAGGCUUUGCACACAGCUGUACCCGAGCGCUUGCUUUCCCGUGAGCAAGAGCGGGAUUCCAUCGUCUCAUUCCUGGAAAAACACGUAUUGCCUGGCAAGGCUGCCAGCCUUUACAUCUCUGGAGCUCCUGGCACAGGCAAGACAGCCUGUCUCAACUGUGUUCUUCAAGAGAGAAAGGUGUGUCUGAAGACGGUGCAAACGGUGGUGAUCAACUGCAUGACGUUGCGCAGCUCCCAUGCCAUCUUCCCUCUGCUCUCAGAGAAACUGGGGUGCACCAGAGCCCAUAGCGAAGGUCAACUGGAUAAAUUUCUGACCAGUGCAGGACCUACUGUUCUGUUGGUACUUGACGAGAUGGAUCAGCUGGAUAGCAAAGCCCAGGAUGUUCUCUACACCAUCUUCGAGUGGCCCUACCUCCCCAAAUCUCGCCUGUGCCUCAUUGGUAUCGCCAAUGCUCUAGACCUCACAGACCGUAUUCUGCCAAGACUUCAGGCCAAACCACACUGCCGUCCGCAGCUGCUGCACUUCCCUCCCUACACGCGUCAGGAGCUCGCCGCCAUAGUCCAGGACAGACUCUCACAGGCGUCGGGGGAAAGUAUGGUGGAUGCAGCAGCUGUGCAAUUCUGUGCCAGAAAAGUUUCGGCGGUAUCAGGAGAUGCUCGCAAAGCGCUAGACAUCUGCAGGAGAGCAGUGGAGAUAGUGGAGUCCACUGACAGACGCAGCAAAGUAUCUGAACCUGCGGCUGAUAGCAAAGCGUCCCGUGUAAGCGUGCCCCAGGUUGCCAAGGUUCUGUCGGAAGUUUACGGAGAUCGUAUGGCCUCUGGCAGCAGCGGGGAGGGAGAGAGUUUCCCCCUGCAGCAGAAACUCCUGGUGUGCUGCUUGUUGCUGCUUACGCGUAACGGCAAGAACAGAGAGGUUCAGCUGGGAAAGCUGUGUGAGGCGUACAGUAAGCUCUGUUCACAGAGGCAGGUCAGUGGUGUCGGACAGACAGAGUGUCUUUCUCUCUGUACUCUACUGGAGAGCAGGGGAAUCUUCUCUCUGAAGAAGGCCAAGGAGGCUCGGCUCACUAAGAUAUCUCUGAAAAUUGAGGAGAAGGAUGUAGAGAAUGCAUUGAAGGACCGUGCUCUGCUUGGCAGUAUCUUGUCCACGGGUUUACAGUGA